UCAGCGCCGCGGCUGCAUCCGCGCCCGGCCCCGCUGCUGCUCCCGGCCCGGGCGGGGGGAGCCCGGGGGCCGCGCUGGGCUGGAGCCGGAGCCGGAGCCGGAGCCGGAGCCGCCCCGGGGCCGCGCAGCGCCGAGCUCCGCCGGCGGGAGGGAGCUGCUGCGCCGGGGCCGGCAGGAUUUCUGAUCCCCGGACCGGACGCGCUCUCCCGGAUGGAGCGAGGGGCAGAGCCGGGGGUCCUGGGUCCCCGGGGCGCUGAGGAGACCCCGAGAGACGCCCGCACAGCGCGUGGGAACGAGGAGGAGGCGACUCAGCCAGGGGUGGCGAAUGAGACGCUGCCAGGAGGAGCUGGAGGGGACAUUUCCCGGAGUCCGGAGCCGGGGAAAGCCUCCGAGGGGCAGCAGGGGAACCCCACGGAGGAGAGUGGGGAUGAACCCGCCCCCCGCGGGGGCGACACAAUGGACCCGAGCGAGGCCACGGCCCGGCCAGGGCGGCUCUACACCUGCCCGGAGUGCGGGAAAAGCUUCACGCAGAGCUCGCACUUCAUCCGGCACCAGACGGUGCACACGGGGGAGCGGCCGUACCAGUGCGCGGACUGCGGCAAGAGCUACCGGCAGAACUCGGACCUGGUGAGCCACCGCCGGCUCCACACGGGCGAGGAGCCCUUCCACUGCGCCGAGUGCGGCAAGCGCUUCCGCCAGAGCUCGGAGCUCAUCAUCCACCAGCGCAGCCACACGGCCGAGGCCCCCUACCCCUGCCCCGAGUGCGGCAAACGCUUCCGCCGCAGCUCGCACCGCCUGGCCCACCAGCGCACCCACACCGCCGAGCGCCCCUGCAAGUGCCCCGACUGCGGCAAGGGCUUCCGCACCAACUCGGACGUGGCGCAGCACCGGCGCACCCACACGGGCGAGCGCCCCCACCAGUGCCCGGACUGCGGCGAGCGCUUCAGCGUGCGCUCCACGCUGGUCAACCACCGCCGGGUGCACACGGCCGAGCGCCCCUUCGCCUGCGGCGAGUGCGGCAAGCGCUUCACCCAGAGCUCCACCCUCAACCGGCACCGGCGCAUCCACGUGGGCGAGCGCCCCUACCGCUGCCUGGAGUGCGGCAAGAGCUUCAACCGCAGCUCCAACCUGCUCACCCACCAGGUGCUGCACACGGGCGAGCGCCCCUUCCGCUGCCCCCGCUGUCCCAAGAGCUUCAACCAGCGAGCCAACCUGCUGACCCACCAGCGCACCCACACGGGCGAGCGCCCCCACCAGUGCCCCGGCUGCGGCAAGCGCUUCAGCCAGAGAGCCAACCUGCUGGUGCACCAGCGGCUGCACGCGGGGGGUGAUGGGCCGGCGAGCGAGAGCGAGGAGGGGGAUCCCCAGAAGGAGGAUCGGGAGCGAGCGGAACCGUGUGGGAUGGUGCUGGGUCAGUCCCAGAGGAACGCGUCUGGGAGCCCCGAGGGUCAGCACAAUGCAGACAGGCUGUACCGCUCCAACCUCAUCCGGCACCGGAGCCUGCCCACGGAGGAGAAACCCUACAAGUUCCCGGCCUGCUGGUCCUGGAAGGGCUUCCAGGUGAGCUCCCACCUCGUCACCCCCCAGCGCAUCCACACAGGCAAACGCUCCUACCGCUGCUCCGAAUGCGCAAAGGGCUUCAGCCACAGCUCCCAGCUGGUCAAGCACCGCCGGACCCACAUGGCCUCCUCGCAGGCCCUGGUGCAGGGACACUCAGACUGCGGCUCGCACGCCCCGAGCGCCUGUUUAACGUGUCUCCUGCAGCUCUUUGCAGCACCAGGAUUUCUGAUCCCCGGACCGGACGCGCUCUCCCGGAUGGAGCGAGGGGCAGAGACGGGGGUCCCGGGUCCCCGGGGUGCUGAGGAGACCCCGAGAGACGCCCACACAGCAGGCGAGGGGCUGGUGAGCGAGACCGAGGAGAAUCCCGAACAGGACAGUCCAGAGCCAGCAGAACUGUAUGGGACGUUCCCGGGACGUUCCCAGAGUCCUCAGCGGGGAGCGGCCUGCGAGCGUCAGGAAGACAAUGCCACGGCGGAGAAAGCGGGUGAGUCCGUGCUGUAUGGGGCGGAUUUCACAGGCCCCCACGGGACCGUGGCCCAGCCCAGAGCCUCCCCGGGAGACAGACUCUUCACGUGUCCCGAGUGCGGGAAGGGCUUCGGCCAGAGCGCGCACCUCAUCCGGCACCAGACGGUGCACACGGGGGAGCGGCCCUACAAGUGCCCCGAGUGCGGGAAGGGCUUCAGCCAGAGCUCGGACCUGACCACGCACCGGCGCGUCCACACGGGCGAGGAGCCCUACGCCUGCGCCGAGUGCGGCAAGCGCUUCGCCCAGAGCUCCAACCUGAUCCGGCACCAGCGCACCCACACGGCCGAGACCCCCUACCGCUGCCCCGACUGCGGCAAGCGCUUCCGCCGUAGCUCCCACCUCGUCAUGCACCAGCGCACCCACACCGGGGAGCGCCCCUACCGCUGCCCCGACUGCGGCAAGCGCUUCAGCCACAGCUCCCACCUGCACCGGCACCAGCGCAUCCACACGGGCGAGCGCCCCUACAAGUGCCCCGACUGCGGCAAGAGCUUCGGCGUCAAGUCCACCCUGGUGACGCACCGCCGGGUGCACACGGCCGAGCGGCCCUACGCCUGCGCCGACUGCGGCCGGGCCUUCGCCCAGAGCUCCACCCUCAACCGGCACCGGCGCACGCACGCGGCCGAGCGCCCCUACCGCUGCCCCGACUGCGGCAAGAGCUUCAUCCAGAGCUCCAACCUGGUCACCCACCUGAUCCUGCACACGGGCGAGCGCCCCUUCCACUGCCCCCGCUGCCAGAAAACCUUCGCCCAGAGCUCCAACCUCAGCCGCCACCAGAGGACCCACGCGGGGCGCCGAGCCCGCCCCUGCCCCGAGUGCGGGGAGAGCGUCCCGCGCGGCGCCGGCCUGUCCGCCCACCAGAGACGCCACGCGGGGCAGGAGACCCCCUCGCCGCCCUGCUAGGGCCGGCUGGUCCCCCUGGUACCCGCCCACCAGACGCCACGCGGGGCAGGAGACGCCCUCGCUGCCCUGCUAGGGCCGGCUGGUCCCCCCGGUACCUGCCCACCAGAGACGCCACGCGGGGCAGGAGACCCCCUCACUGCCCUGCUAGGGCCGGCUGGUCCCCCCGGUACCUGCCCACCAGAGACGCCACGUGGGGCAGGAGACGCCCUCGCCGCCCUGCUAGGCCCGGCUGGUCCCCCUGGUACCCGCCCAUCAGACGCCACGCAGGGCAGGAGACCCCCUCACUGCCCUGCUAGGGCCGGCUGGUUCCCUGGUACCCGCCCACCAGAGACGCCACGCAGGGCAGGAGACCCCCUCACCGCCCUGCUAGGGCUGGCUGGUUCCCUGGUACCCACCCAUCAGAGACACCAUGUGGGAGAGGAGACCCCCUCGCGGCCCUGCCAGCCAGAGUGAGGGGCGCGUGCCCCUAUUCCCUCACGCCUCUCCCAAGUAUCUGGCUGCCCCAUCCUUGCUAGCAGCUGAUCAGACCCCUCCUCUGGGUUUGCCAAGCUGAGGCAGCCCCGAUUGGCUCCUCCUUGCUGCCGAGUUCCCGACCCACCUGAUGUGGCAGGGGGAGAAGGAACCUGCCAUCCCCCUCUGAUUCCCCAGCCAUGGAAAACACGUGGGCUGCGUCCUGCCCAGCUGGAGCCGUGUCCCGUGGGGCGCUGCCCUCUCCCCUCGGUGCUGCCCAGGGAGCUGGGCGCUGGGGCGGCUCGCGUGUGAUGGGCUGUGCCGGGGCUUGGCCGGCAGGACGGAGAGCCAGCCCCGCUCGCUCUCGUUUCCCCAGGUCUCCCCAAGGAGCCUGGCGCUGUGCACCCUGCCAGUGGUACUCCAGAGCCCUUGUGGGGAGCUCCCUGCUGCCUGGGGGAGUUGGCCAGCGCCGUCGCCCUCUUCCCGGCUGUAUUUAACGAGCUGUAUUUAUGAUGAGGCGUUCCAUUCUAGCUCGACUGAUAAGAGGCCGAUGACGUCGUCCCGGGAUGGCCGAGGCCGCCCGACCGGGCCAGGAGUCCAGCCAGGCUUCUCCUGCGCAUCCCUCUGCCUCAUUUCUCCUCUUCCCCCUGCCCAGAGAGUUCAGUGCUGGACGGCCCCUGCAAGUGAUCAAUAAACCAUGUAGAAAAGA